AUGGAAAUCAGAACCAACAACAGAAGGUUAAAUGAAUCAAAACACCUUAGAAGAAAAGUGGUUUUUGUCGAUCCUGACGAUGCUGAGGCACCUCAUUGGUGGCCAGCUUUAGUCGUUCCGCGAAAAGAAAUCGAAAUAUUCAAACAAAAAAUGGAUAGUGAUGUUCAAUAUCCAAGCGACGGGGAAAGCCUAGUUUGUUAUUUCGAAGACGGAUCCUAUUCCAUAGUACCUGAGAAAGAUCAAAAGCCAUUUGAUCCAAAAGUUGAACCGUAUACAACAUAUAUGGAAGGUCCAAAUUCUGAGGCUUUUCAAAAAGACAAAGCUGUUACCCUGGCAACGCUUUAUUUUGAAAAAGGAAUGGUCCCUCCUGUGUUUAAAUGGAUUCGUAAUGAGGAUACUUCUGGCGGUAAUGUAGGCAUAGGAGUCCCUGGAACUAAUGGGAAUAAUUUGUCAGAUGGUCCUAAUACAGGGGACGAAGGUAGCACCACUAAUAUUAAAAAACAUGUACGAAAAGAAAGUAAUAAUAAUGUCCAAGAUCAAACGAAUGCCAAUAAGAAAGAAGCUUCGGGUAAUGCAAAAAGGGAAAACAAUAAUGGUAGCCAACGAAAAGAUAGCAUCUCCGGACCAAAUAAAAAAAAUUUGGGACCUACAACUUUUUUAUCUAUCACACGUACUACAAAAACAAAACUUCCCAAUUCAUCCAAUUUUACCAAACAAUAUCUAAAUACACCUACAAUCUCAUCAUUCAUACCAACAACACAGAUCCAAACUUCUACAUCUUCAGUCGCCACCACAAACA